GACACGAAGCACGUGAUCGCUCCGCGCCACGUGACGAGGGCCGGGAGAACGGCGGAGCGGGAGCGGAGCGGUGCAGCCAUGGUGUCCAGAAAGCAGCUGGCAGACUUUGGCUACAAGGCUUUCCCGGGCUCCAUGAUGCUGCUGACGGUGUACGCCGGCUACCUGUGCAGUGUCCGUGUGCAGAGGAUGCUCCAGCACCGCCGCCAGCGGGAGAACACGCCUGGGCCUGAGAGCUGAGCCUGUGCUGGGACCUGGGACCGGCCCUGGAGCUGAGCCUGUCCUGGGAGCCCCCAGCCCCACCUUCCCUGUCCCCCCUGGGCUGGGGGAGGCAGAUGGAGUGCAAUAAAACCCGUGUCA